CACCAAUCUGUCAGAAGCUCAGUCGAGUUCUUCCUCGCGACCAAAAGACCUUCCUCCCUCCCAGCCAAGUACUACCCCACUGGCCAGUGACUCCUUUUCUCUCUCCUUCCCUUUUCGUCUUCUUCAUCUUCUGUAUUCUUUAUAAUAUAUUCACCGUCCCCCGCUCCAAACAUGUCUAUCUGGGAUUCGCUCAGUGGUCGCAAACAGGACAAGGGUCCCGGCGCCUUCGAUCCUACUACUGCGCAAGAUGCUACCUCUUUCCUCUCCGAAAUCUCCAUUCCCGAUCCUACUCAGCUUCAUCCUCUUGCUGGCUUGAACCAAGAUACCCUCGACUACAUCUCCCUCGAAGACUCCGCCCUCGAUCAACUGCCCGGUGACCGCUCGGUGCUGCCCUCCCGCGGAUGGUCCGACGAUCUCUGUUACGGAACUGGUACCACCUAUCUUGCUGGCUUGACAAUCGGAGGUGCAUGGGGUCUGGCGGAGGGUCUCAGGAAGACACCGGUAACGGCACCCCCGAAGAUCCGCCUCAACGGUGUCCUGAACUCGAUCACAAGAAGAGGACCCUUCCUCGGAAACUCGGCCGGUGUGGUGGCGAUGGUAUACAACGGCUUCAACUCAGGUCUCGGAUAUGCCCGUGGAAAACACGACGCGGCCAACAGCAUUGUCGCCGGUGCUUUGAGUGGUAUGGUGUUCAAGAGUACUCGCGGCUUGAAGCCCAUGCUCAUCUCCGGCGGCAUUGUGGCCGGUAUCGCGGGAACUUGGGCUGUGGCAAGGAAGGCAUUCCUGUAGACGCCCGACCAGUCUAUCCACUUGUAUUUUAGCAACUCGAGCCGAGACGACGACUUUGAUCCGAUCAUGCGUUCGAGAAUCCAUAUGAUGUGUAUGGCCUGUUUUCACCAAAGCGGGAGAGGUUGAUUUUGUUGCUUCACUUCUAUUUGUUCACGUUGUAUUAGAACGGUUUCCCUUUUUUCCAUCGCCCUUUUCUUUUUUUUUUUUCUUUUUUUUUAUUUUGUCUUACAGAUCUCUUCCCUCUGGCGCACAAAGCAUCUUUCUCGCAUUAUCCAUGGGUUUGGACCGGCAUGGAAAUGGAUUUUUGUUUGUUCACUCUCUGUACAUAUAACGCUCUUCACUGGAUUUGUGGUUCUUGCGGGCGAAACUGUUGCAGGUACCAUUUCGUCUUUUCAAGUAACCCUAAUGUUACCAGUUCGCAAUAAAAUGAAUGGGAC